UCCUGAUUUCACUUCUCCCCCUUAAACACAGUCACAUACUCGUCUCCUUUGAAUAUGGGGCGUUUGAGAAGUUAGGCAUCUCAAACGAACGACUUUGAAUUCAUCCCCGACUACAAGCGGCCAACUUCGCCGGCGAUACAAAGACUUUAGGGAAGAAAUAUGCCGUCUUGUUAUGUGCCGCACUGCACACAGCCAACCUAUGCCCCACCCACAGCUGGAAGUUACAUACUUUGCUGAUUGUUUCCUGCAUAUCGCGUGCAAGACUGUAAAGCGAUUCCAUAAGGCAAUCAAGCAUCAGAAGCGGAUUUACUGCCUGGACUGGAGACACGAUGUCCCUCACUGUAAAAAACAUUUCUGUCGUUUACAACCCUAUCAAUCAGAACAAUACCUUCACCAGUGGGGAUUCUAUAUCGGGACAAGUCAUUCUAGAUGUAGCGAAGGACACGCAAAUGCAGUCUUUGAGUGUGAAAAUUAAAGGGAAAGCAGAGGUUUGCUGGAGCGAGCGUCACGGUAAAACCACUGUUGUUUACUCGGAUAAGGAGAAGUAUUAUUCCGUGGAGAGGUUUUUCGUUCGGGAGGACAAAACACAUGGUAAUGACCAUGAGAUGCUGAAGGAUCCAUCAGGACAGCCGUAUUCAGCGGUUGUGGCACCAGGUCGUCAUGUUUACCCAUUCGCCUUUCAGUUGCCUCAACAGCACUUCCCACCAACCUUCAAAGGUUCAGUUGGAAAAGUUGUCUACUCUUUGGAGACUAAACUAUCCCGAUCAAUGCGUAUUUCUAGCAAAGCCAAAGCAGAGUUUCACUAUGUCCCCAGUCCUGUUGUGUCCAAUCCUGAACUAAUGGUACCUCAACACGGAACCAAGGAUAAACAAAUGAAACUCUUCACCUCUGGGAGUGUCUCCAUGAACAUAAAGACUGAGAAAAUGGGAUACUACCUUGGAGAGGGCUUGAAAGUUUUGACUGAAGUUCAGAACAAUUCAUCCCGUGCAAUCAAGCCAAAAUACCGCCUGUAUGAAAAACACAGUUUUUUCGCAAAUGGAAAGAGAAAACUUAACACACGUGACGUUUUGAAAGAGGAAGGGGAACCCAUUGAGCCAAACUCAAAGAAAACUGUCACCAAAGUGCUGCCCAUUCCACCCAACUUUACCAUCUCUAUCCUAAACUGUAGGAUCCUCAAGGUUGAGUACAGACUCGUGGUCUACCUGGACGUGCCGUAUGCCUUUGACCCGGAGAUCAAAUUCCCAGUAGUGAUUCUUCCUCUUCAGUCUUUAUCAGGUGCAAAUAGUGCUCCAAACAGUGACUUUGGAAUCUGGAAUCAACCAGCAGGAGGCAAUGUGUACCCCAACCCACCUCCUAUGCCUCCAUCUGCCCCACCACUUAAUGCUGUUGGACAACCUGGUCAGUUUGGUGCCCCUGGCUACUACGGACCUCCUUUGAAUCAGUUUCCUGCUCCUGGUUACCCUGGACCUCCUGGUCAAUUUGGUCCCUCAUUUUCUCAUCAGUCUGAUUCAUCAGCUCCACCUUCAUAUCAGGAAUAUCAAUUACAUCCACAGUUGCCAGACCACCCUGAAAAAGCUUAGAAUUACCUUCUAGGUUUCUUUUAUUAUUAUUAUUAUUUUAUCUAGAUUGCUAGAAUUAUUCAUAUUAAUAUGUAUCCUUUUAUAUUUCUAGUUAGGGAUGUUGAUUGUUAAGCUAAAAACAUAGACCCUAUAUUGUUUAUUUUUGUCUUUAUAAACCUUCAUUAUAAUGCUACAUUUUACAUCCCUUAAAAAAAUAUAAAUCCUGAUUUAUUUAUUUUGAAGUAGAUUACUGUUCCCAGAAAUGUUGUAUGCCUUAUACCAUUGCAGGAAAAAAGUAUGUGAAACCUUGAAUUUACUGUGACUUUCUACAUAAGUGUUAAUUUACAGCAGAGUCUACUUAAAACACAAACAUAUGUUUUCAUGUUUUUUAACACUGUGAGCUAGAAGCUUUUAAUACUGCAGCUAGAAUGAAUAAGUGUUUUAUAUAUUUUUAUGCAUGUAUGAAGCAAUCUUGUAAACAGAUUAGUUAAAAAUGAUGUAUUGAUGCUGUUUGCAGAAAAAGAGUAGCCUUUUUUUUAAAUAUGGGAAAAGGGACAAUUAUUUAAUCUAAUAAUUAUAUAUUUAAAGCUACGAUGUGUAACUUUGGGCCAUGUAGAUAAAACUGCUUGUGCCUUGCGGAAGAACAUUGUUUGAAUGUGCUUUGUAACACCGGUGAACACAUGGAAAUCUAAAAGAUAUAAAUCUGAGCAGGUGCCAUGUUUUAUGUUGUUGUUUUGACUUUAUUGGAAACAUUGAUAUUUUUAAAUAAAUUAUGUAUCAGUCAUUUAACAAAA